CCCUAAUAAUCUUCAGCCUACGAUUGUGUCUUCGCCUUGGGAUCAGACUGUGAAGAUUUGGAAGUUGACCAAUUGUAAGAUUAGGGCUUCGCUUGCUGGGCAUUCUGGGUAUGUGAAUACGGUGGCCGUGUCGCCCGAUGGGUCGUUGUGUGCGAGUGGUGGGAAAGAUGGGGUUAUUUUGUUGUGGGAUCUGGCUGAGGGAAAGAAGCUUUACUCGCUCGAUUCGGGUUUGAUUAUUAAUAUGAAUGUGGGCGUCCUCCACCAGAAGAGGUGGCAUGACUAUUUUGGGAAAAGUUGCUAUUCCAAAACCUUUAAACUUACCCAGCCAAAGGGAGUGGCAACCUCCAAGAAGGAUGGGUUCUCUCUGAGUUCUGGAGACUUUCCGACACUUGGUUCAGAAAAAGACAAUUCUGGAAAAGAGUCCCGACUCACAAGGCGACAGUGCUUGCAUAUAAGAACUUCUAU